UUCGAUUUGGUCUACUCUGGUCCGGAAAAUGACAAGUGAGAUACUUGCCUACGACUUGAUAUAAGUCAUGAAAAGACAACUAUCAAUUCAUACGCCGAUAAGCAUCACCGCCGCUUCGAAAAAUCUUAAUCACACAAAAAGUUAAAACACUCGUCGCUCUAAUAUCUCUCCCUCUCUCUCGAAUUUCGAUGAACAGAGAAAAAUGGGCUAUUCUUUUGAACGGCAUAUCAAUGCCUUUUUGUGGUUAUCAUUGAUUUCCGUGACUACUUUUUUGCUCAGAGAACUUGCUAAGGUGUUCAAGUUAUGGAUCAAAGCUCGGCACAUACCAGGCCCUCCUUGCACUUCCUUCUACGGACACUGCCGCCUGAUUUCUGAAUCCAAUUUCACUGACCUUCUGUCGGAGUCACACAAAAAAUAUGGACCGGUGGUGAAGCUAUGGUUAAGGCCUACUCAACUUUUGGUGUCAAUAAAAGAUAAGGAACUGAUCAAAGAGGUACUUUUAAAUGCUGAGGAUAAGCUGCCUCUGACCGGAAGGGCAAGCUACCUGGGUUUUGGAAGAUCUAGCCUUUUUAUCUCUUCUUUUGACAAGGUGGAAGAUCAAAGGAAGUCCUUGGAAGUGGAACUAAAUGCGUCAUUGCUUGAAAGAGGGAGUUCAGUUCCUGCUAAAGUUGUGAAGAGCGUCCUGGAAAGGGUUCAGACUCUCGUGGUCGACGGAGGUCUACACUGUGAAACUAUUUCCCAACAUCUGUCUUUUACUCUCAUGGGAGCUACAUUGUUUGGGGAUGUAUUUUUGACUUGGUCUAAGGCAAGUGUAUACAUAGAGCUACUCAUGAAGAUUGCCAAGCAUGCUUGCUUUUGGUCAUCAUAUGGUGUUACCCGUUAUUGGAAGCAGGAAUUUUGGACCUACCAGCAAUUAUGUUCCGAGUUGAAGGGGUUAACCCAAGAACUUAUCAGACAAUGCAGACAGAAAUAUGAAUCAGACUCUCUUGAACGAGAUUUUGAUAGAUAUCACAUGAGACAUGAACCAUGUGCAGAGAUGAUAAGUAUGAUGUUUCAUGGGUCUUUAACUAUGUCCACACUUAUUGGUAACAUCUUGACAAGGCUUGUUACACAUCCAGAAAUACAGCAUAAGAUUCAAUCAGAGAUUAUUAUGGUGCGGAAAAUAUCACAAAGACAUGAUCAGCAGGGUGUUGGUGGGCUUCCCUUUCUAUUGGCAACUUUAUAUGAAUCUGCUCGUCUUCUUCCUGCUGGUCUUUUCCUGCAACGAUGUUCUUUGAAACAUGACAUGAGUCUCAAUAAUGGUAUUAUAAUACCAGCUGGGGCAGUUCUUGUUGUGCCAAUUCAGUUGGUUCAAAUGGAUGUAUCCAGUUGGGGGAAUGAUGCAAGCAAGUUCAAUCCAUAUCGAUUUCUUUCCAGGAUUGAAGAGACGUGUCUUGUUGAUGAAGGGGAUAGCUCCUAUAUUGUGAAAGACCCAAGUGAAAAUGAAGCUUUUCUCCCAUUCGGAUCUGGUGUCCGUGCCUGCCUUGGAGAAAAAAUAGCAAUCCUUGAAAUUUCAACACUAAUUGCAUCUCUUCUUGAACACUACGAGGUAAGGCUUCAGACGGGAUCUGAAAGCAAUCCAAAUUCUAUGGGGAACAAUUGUGUUCCUCGGCUUCUUCCAAAUCCCAAGAUAAUUUUUUUGAAAAGGCAGAAGUAAAUAAAUGGAGCAAAUUUUGGUAUGUGUCAAUCCUUUUUCCUUCUGAACUACGUGGGAUGCAGUUUUUGGGGCUCAUUUCGCACUCAAAGCAGAAGGAUGUUAUGUGAGUAUAAUAUUUCUAUGUUCAUAGUUUUUCCUCAGUCUUUGAGAUGGCCUGCUGUAAGUUGUACCUUAUUCCAUUUGCUUCCCCCUUUUUUUUUUAAACAUGAUGUGGAAAUAAUUGGCAAUGUAAGCAUUUCUGUGUAUGUAUAAAAAAUACAUUUUUUAUUUAUA